ACCGAAUUUUCUCACCGUGACCAAUUGCCAUUCCAAGAUCUGUCGAUCAAGAUCAACACCGAAAGGCACUCAUAUUGUGCAUACAUGGUGAGGCAGCGUGUUGGUUCGCAUGUGCACGGAAGAUGAGCCAUGGACUUGAGGUGGCAUAUAAAGCCGCGCCAUCACGCUGGUUUUCGCUGCCGUCCUCAAGUAUUAUCUUUCGCGUCCGACAGCUUGUAUCAUGUAUACGGUCGGCCUACAAUCCGCUGCCGACGCAUUUCUUCUUUCUAGCCUGAAGGCCCAGGUGGCCCUCGCUUUACUUGUUCUCUUUAUUCUUCUUGUCUUCGGUAUUGGUUCCCAAAAAGAUAGCGCUGUUGACGGCGCCCCAGUAUUUCUCCCUGGCUCUCACCUCCUCGCCAUUGCCCCAUUCUUCCGCCGACGCUUCGAGUUCCUGAACAAUGGUUUCCGCCAAACUGGGCAAUCCCUCUUCCAGUUCAACUUGCUCCGAGAAACAGUCAUUGUUGUUUCCGGAGAGUCAGCCCGGAAAUCGUUCUUCUCUAACAAGCACUUCGACCUUACUGAAGGAUUUAAAAUGCUUUCCGGAGCCAUCCCCGUCGUUAAAGGGGUGACUUCUAACCUUCAGACCAAGCGCAUUGCACAGAUUCAUAAGCGUCUCUCCUUCGUUCAGCGAAAUGAGCACCUUAGUCGUCUCAUUGCACCCAUGUUGGAGGAUUGCCGAAGGGUGAUGGAAACGUGGGGGGCAUCAGGAACAUUUGACCCAUUCGAAAAAAUCUAUGAACUUUUAUUCCAAAUUACUGUACGAUCACUCUCUUGCGAGGAGUUAGCAGAUGAUUCUGCACAAGUAGCGCAUCUCAAAGAACUCUACGACACCUUGGACAGUGGGACAACGCCUGCGACUGUCUUACUUCCAUGGCUACCCGGGCCCAGCAUGCUUAAGAAGCUCUGGGCGACCAAAAAAAUCUACGACAUUAUCGUUCGGGCCAUUGAUGAACGGGAGCGUAGCGGAAUAUCCAAACCUGACACUCUGCAGAUGCUCCUUGACGAAAAAGACGAGAGGCUUGUAAUUGUCGGUUUUAUUUUGGGUCUGCUAGUUGCUGGUGCGAGAGCAACUGGAACAACAGCUUCGUGGCUCAUCACUUACCUUGGUGAACAUGAGUCGAAGGAUGAAGUAAUCACUGAAGUGGAGCAGCUCCUGGCACGUUACGUUUCCCCUAACGUCUCCCACUCUUUGUCGCAACAACUUUCGUCCAUUCCACUGGAGGCUUGGGAAUCCGAGACUCCCGUUCUUGAUUCUCUCAUUCGCGAGACUCUCAGGAUUGCGCAGCCCCAUACCGCCAUGCGCCGAAAUCUUGGACCUGAUGUGACGAUUGACGGAAAGACUAUCCCAUCAGGGGCAUAUGUAGUAUAUCCUUUCUCGGACGUUCAUCUCAAUCCGGACCUCUACCCUGAUCCAUGGAGGUUUGAUCCUAGCCGCGAGGAAGCGACGGUUCCGUUCGGUUACGUGGGAUGGGGAGGAGGAAAGACGCAUUGUCUUGGCCAGCGCUUAGCCAGACUUGAGCUCAAGCUUGUCACUUCCAUGAUGCUACUUGGCUUCCGGUACUCCCUUGUCGACAAGAAAGGCGAACAACUUGACACGCCCCCCCAACCCAACUGGAACGAUAUCCUACUCUGCCGACCGGAACAAGGCUCGUGUUAUCUGAAACAUGAGAAAUCCGUGCUUUCACUGUGAUCCAAGCUGGACUUGACUUUUUGGACAAUGCUUCUCACUCUGCCAACAAACUUUUGAUCGUGUUCGGCCUUUUUCGAUCUACAUUACCCACAGGUUCUCGUCACAGACCCGUUGGACACAUAAAUUAUCUACCUUAUACUUCAUUUCAAAACUGUACCGGUUCCGAUACUAUGUUUAUAACGUACCUCGUUACCCGUCGUCGCUCCCUUUCCCCGACCUUUCGUU